AUGAAGGGACUCUGGAAAGUGUGUGUUUGCCUUGCACUUUCUCUAGAACUUAUGGGAAAGAUAUGCCUGACUUUUGCAGGAGACAUACUAAAAACAGGUCAUGAAGAACCAGUUAUUAAAAGUACAAAAAUUCACUCAAAUGAAGGCAACGAAUUGGAAAAGCCCACAACUUCAGAUCAAAGUAUUGAGGCAACUGAUUUGAACCACAUCUUUGAUAUUGAGGAAUCUGAUAGUUCCCUUGAAGAAAAUAAAAAAGGUCACUUCUUACUUGAAUGGCUUAGAGAAAUGAAAACCUUUAUACCAUCAAACCACUUUGUGUUUGAUCUCAAUUCUAAAGCUGACGAAUACUUUUACUUUGAUCUUGAUGAGGAAAAUCCCUAUAUUUUACUUGGUUAUUAUUGCACUGAUGAUACCCAAGGCAGAAUCCAUGUCACAAUUAACAAUCCAGAAUCAAAAAGAAUAUACAGCAAGCAUGGCUGUGAAGGUGUAUAUAAUAAUAAACCUCCAGAAGAUGGCUCAAAUGAUGAGAAAAAGGACCACCGCAUUAAAGGAACCUAUACCCUUAUUCUCUCUAAUCACCGAUGGCAUGAUACAAUUCGGAUAUCUCUACUUGUAGGAAACGACUCAAAAAAAAACAAAGCUGUUGACAAAAAAAAUGUAGACAAACUAACUUCCAAGUUAGAAAAUGUUGAUAAUAUUCUAAGUAUAAUAAAUACAGAAAACCAAUAUAAUUGGGCUACCACAAAGACCAAUUUGAGCAUGAUUUAUAAUGCAGACAGUCAACUAUUUUUUUAUACAGCUAUUCAAAUCAUUUCUAUAAUUCUUGCUUCAGCUGUUCAAAUUUAUUAUCUCAAGACCAUCUUGACCGGUAAAUAA